CGUUCACCCGACACAUCAUCCCUCACAUCCUCCCUCCUAUCUGUCAUAUCAUCCGUCCUGUUGAGCAAGAUCGGCGACAGCGCGACCAUCCAAGCUCAAGCAGAGAUCGAUCCCCACCCGCCGCUCAGCUCCAACAUCCACCGACACCAGCAUGUCCGCCGCCUGCGUCCAUUCCCAGUCGCACUUUUCCCCGCCUUUGCUUUCAACUCACAUCUACAAGGAGGAGUGUACUCUGUGCUUUGACAACUAUGAUACGGAAGCGGGCAUCGACGUCUGUCUAAGCUGCUUCAAUGGUGGCUGCUUGGGCAACGAUCGCAACCAUUCGGCUCUGCACUUUGCAAAGACGAGCCACCCCCUUGCCGUCAACAUCAAGCGGGUCCCCAAACCCGAGCGGACCGAUGCUGCGCCCCCACCGACAAAGAUAACAAAACUCGCCAUCGAAGCGCCAAAGGAGGACGAACUCUUCGAUUUCAUUACCUCUCUCAAGUGUCUUGCCUGUGGUGGCGUGGAGCUGGACAAAAGCACUGGCCAGUUCCCGGCACUCAUCAAACGGGUCCUGGAGGCACACUCGGCAAAGAAAAUGUCCGAGAUCCAAGCCUGGGAGCACGAGAUCUCGACUUGCUCACACACAACCGUGCUCGAGCAGCAACCCCUCAAGAUGGUGAACACCCGCGAGUCCAUCACUUGCUCUGACUGCAGCCUUAACGAGAACCUGUGGCUCUGCCUGACCUGCGGCAAUCUGGGCUGCGGGCGACAGCAGUAUGGCGGCACUGGUGGAAAUGGACAUGGCGUGGGCCAUUUCGAUGCCACCCGCCACCCCGUCUCUGUCAAACUCGGAACCAUCACGCCUGAAGGAACCGCAGACGUGUACUGCUAUAUCUGCGACGAGGAGCGCAUCGAUCCCAACCUGGCCGCCCAUCUUGCUAGCUUUGGUAUCAACAUUGCCGCCCAGCAAAAGACUGAAAAGUCUCUGACGGAGCUUCAACUCGAGCAGAAUCUCAAGUUUGACUUUAGCAUGGCCACCGAAGACGGCAAACAGUUUGAGCCAGCCUUUGGGCCUGGCAGCACUGGCCUCCUGAAUCUUGGAAACACAUGCUACAUGGCGUCGGUGCUGCAGACCAUUUUCAGUCUCAAACCCUUCCAAGAGCGGUACUUUGGCCAAGACCAUGUGCUUGUCUGUCGUGACAGCCCUGCAACAUGCUUCCACUGCCAGAUGGCAAAGCUGGCCGACGGUCUGCUGAGCGGACGGUACUCUGUCCCGGGAACGUCCACCUCCGAGGCUCUCUCCGGCCAAGACGGCAUAGCGCCUUCCAUGUUCAAGUCCAUGAUUGGCAAAGGCCAUGCCGAGUUUUCGACUAUGCGGCAGCAAGACGCUCAGGAGUUUCUCCAGCAUCUGCUCAAGAUCGUUGAGCAAAAAGAGCGCCAAACCUCGCGCGACCCGACGCAGGCGUUCAAGUUCCAAACCGAGCAGCGGCUGGAGUGCCUGCAGUGUCGCAAGGUCAAAUACCGUCUUGCGGACGAGAGCGCGCUGCAGCUUCCUGUUCCAUCAAACCUCGAAGGCGUCGAUGACGAGGGCCGCGAAAAGUACUCGCCAGUGGCCUUUGGCGAAUGCCUCAAGCAGCUCGUCUCAGAGGACUUGCGCGAAUACAACUGCCCUCAGUGUCGCGAACCGACACCAUCAGCUAUAACAACGCGCUUCAAGACCUUCCCAGAUUUCCUUGUGUGCCCCAUGAGUCGCUUCAUCAUCGGCACCAACUACGUGAUGAAGAAGCUGACCUGCGAUAUCCUUGCGCCACUCGACCUUAACCUCGACGAAUAUCGUGGGCAUGGCCUCAAAGAAUCGGAAGAGCUGCUGCCUGAAGACUCCGGAUCGGAGGCUCGGCCGAGUUUCAACGCCCAAGUCGUGGAGCAGUUGAUGAGCAUGGGCUUUCCCGAGAUCCGAUGCCAGAAAGCCUGCCUCGCCACCGGUGGCCAGGACGCCGAAGUGGCCAUGAACUGGCUGUUUGAGCACAUGGACGACGCAGACAUCGACGAUCCUAUCCGCACGGAAUCUGGAGGCUCAGUCCAGCCCGCGGAAGGCGAUGUUCAGAUGCUCUGUGAUAUGGGAUUCACACCGGCACAGGCACGCCGCGGACUCAAGGAAACGAACAACAACGUCGAGCGCGCAGUGGACUGGCUCUUCAGCCACGCGGGUGAGCUUGACCAGCCAGCACAAGACGAAGAGAUGCCCAGUGCCGACAGAGCUGUCGCUGCUGACGAUCGCCCAGCCAACUACCGCCUCGUCGGGUUCAUCUCCCACCGCGGAACUUCGACCGGAUGCGGGCACUACAUCGCCCACAUCUUGAAGGAGGAUGGCCAGUGGCUGAUCUUCAACGACAACAAGGUCGCCAAAGUGCCCGACAUCCAUAAAGCCGUUGGCGAGGGAUACAUCUAUGUCUACCAGCGACAGUGAACGCAGGCGGAUCUUGCCGUCGUCGCUCUGCUGUCGAGCCCGAUCAGAUCGAUGGUGGCAACGGGCGUGGCUAUCCUCUGUGGUGAACAAUCUCCUUCUGGCAAUAAAUCAGAAUGCCCCAUCGUGCUGAUCCUCUCC